CUAAAUUAAAAUAAUUGUGCCUGAUAUAUUAUUAGUUAUAAUGGUCGAAAUGUUAAUAAUUAUUUCUAAGAUUAGGCUUGUUAUAUAAUAAUUAUUUAUUAAACGUUUUAUAAGUAAAUCAUAUCGACUUAUGAAAGUCAACCCACAUGACCCAAAAACGUGCUACCUACACUAUAUAGUAAUGUAUUGUUAAACAUUUAACACGGCUAUAUAGGAUGAGAAUUGGUAAAAAUAAUUUUUAGUUGUACAGUAAGUCUUACAAGUCUUGUACUCAAGUACCAGUAUCCUACAAUAUAGAUGUUUAAAUACUUAAAUCUGGUGUGUCGAAUAUAUUAUUUUAACAUUUAAUUCGAUUUACAUAGUCUUUGACAACCAACCUCGGUAAGUGACCAUAGAUAAUAUAUAUUAUAAGUAACUUUAUCUCAGAUCUUAAUCAAUAAGGUUAUGUACAAACUACGAAGUACCGUUAUUUAACUCACAUGUUUUCUCAUUGGUUAAUUAAACCAAAACCCAAAUAACAUUUGAUAAAUUUUUGUUUUUUUUUUUUUUUUUAUCUGUCAAGUCCCUUGGGUUAUUACUUAAUAUUUUACUUUUCAUACUAUUACAACACGUCUUAGAAACACAUUCACGUAGAGUACAGACGUUGAUUAUAUCGAUCUUCACUACUUGGUACUUACUUGACACAUUGUACAACCACAAUGGCCCGCCAACCGUGCGUUCUCAUUUUAGAAGAUGGUACUGAAUUUGCUGGUUAUAAUUUUGGCUCCAAGGCCUUACCUGUUGAUGGCGAAGUUGUAUUUCAAACUGGUAUUGUCGGUUAUCCUGAGUCCCUGACCGAUCCUUCGUACUAUAAACAAUUGUUGGUAUUAACAUACCCGUUGGUGGGCAACUAUGGAGUUCCAGGUGAUGAGACAGAUGUUCACGGAAUCAAACGAUGGUUUGAGUCUCAUCGUAUCUGGGUUUCCGCCCUGAUUGUUGAUGAAGUAUGUGAUCGUCCAAGUCAUUGGCGUAGUGAAAAACUGUUAGACGAAUGGUUGGCUGAAAGUGGCAUUCCAGCAAUUUGUGGUGUAGAUACACGUACACUGACUAAACAUAUUAGAGAAAGUGGGACACUCCUUGGAAAAAUUGUUAACUUUAAUAAAAAGUUAGAUAAAAGUUUUGACAAUGUGAUCGAUCCAAACAAAAUCAACCUAAUCAAAGAUGUUUCUAUUUCAGUGCCAAAAACAUACAAUCAGCAAGGUUCGCCUAGAAUUAGAUUUGUGGACUGUGGUUUAAAAUACAAUCAAAUUAGAUGCUUUAUAAAACGUGGUGCCAGAGUCGAUAUUGUACCAUGGAAUCAUCCUUUAGACGAUAUUGAUAACUAUGAUGGUUUGUUUCUUAGUAAUGGUCCUGGAAAUCCAGAGAUGAAUAAAGAAACAGUUCUUAAUAUACAGAAAGUAUUAAAUAAUACAUCAACCAUCAAGCCUAUAUUCGGAAUUUGUCUUGGUCAUCAAUUGCUUGCUACAGCAGCUGGGUGUAAGACGUAUAAAAUGAAAUUUGGAAAUCGAGGUCAGAAUCAGCCUUGUGUACUUGGAGAAACUGGAAAAUGUUAUAUGACAUCUCAAAAUCAUGGAUUUGCUGUAAAUCCUGAAAUAUCUAACUGGACACCAUUGUUUACAAAUGUUAAUGAUAAAUCUAAUGAAGGAAUUAUUCAUAAUACAUUACCAUUUUUUAGUGUUCAAUUCCAUCCCGAAGGAUGCCCUGGUCCUGAAGAUUUAGAAUGUCUCUUUGAUAUAUAUUUGGAAGCUGUUGAAAGAACUAAAAAAAACAAUGAAUUUAAAUUGAUGGAUCUGAUUCAAAAACGCUUAAAUCCAGAUAUCCCUAAAACACCGAUGGAUGUUCAAAAAGUUUUAAUCCUUGGUUCUGGUGGACUAUCUAUUGGCCAGGCUGGUGAAUUUGAUUAUUCAGGAUCUCAAGCAAUCAAAGCCUUGCGGGAAGAAAAUAUUGUUACCAUACUAAUUAACCCUAACAUAGCAACAGUACAAACAUCUCUUGGACUAGCUAACAAAGUGUACUUUUUACCUUUGGAACUUGAUUUUGUUUCACAAGUUAUUCAGUCUGAACGGCCAGAUGGUAUUUUGCUUACUUUUGGUGGUCAAACUGCUCUAAAUUGUGGAAUAGAGUUGAAAAAAUCUGGCAUAUUAGAAAAAUAUAACAUUAAAGUGUUAGGAACACCAAUCCAAACAAUUAUAGCCACAGAGGAUCGCAAACAAUUUUCAGAUAGAGUGGUAGAAAUUGGUGAACGUGUUGCUCCAAGUGCUGUUGUUACAUCAUAUGAAGAGGCCUUGGAAGCAGUUAAAACGUUGGGAUAUCCACUUCUUGUGAGAAGUGCUUUCAGUUUAGGAGGUCUAGGGUCUGGUUUUGCAAAUAAUGAGUCUGAAUUGAAUGUGUUGGCUAAGCAAUGUUUUACACAUAGUAAUCAAAUGAUUUUGGAUAAAUCGUUAAAAGGAUGGAAAGAAGUGGAGUAUGAAGUAGUGCGUGAUGCGUUUGAUAAUUGCAUUACAGUUUGUAACAUGGAAAAUGUAGACCCUUUGGGGAUCCACACUGGUGAGUCGAUUGUUGUAGCUCCAAGUCAAACUCUAUCUAAUAGUGAGUAUAACAAAUUAAGAACAACAGCGAUUAAAGUUGUACGUCAUCUUGGAGUAGUUGGUGAAUGUAAUAUACAAUAUGCACUAAGUACAACGUCUGAUGAGUUUUUCAUUAUUGAAGUAAAUGCUAGACUUUCAAGAAGUUCAGCUUUAGCCAGCAAAGCAACUGGAUAUCCACUAGCUUAUGUAGCAGCAAAACUUUCACUUGGGAUUGCUUUACCUGCAAUAAUAAAUUCUGUAACAUCAAGUACUACCGCAUGUUUUGAGCCUAGCUUAGAUUAUUGUGUUGUAAAAAUGCCUCGUUGGGACCUCAGUAAAUUUUUCCGGGCUAGUACCAAAAUUGGUAGUUCUAUGAAAAGUGUUGGUGAAGUAAUGUCAGUUGGAAGACAUUUUGAAGAAGCUUUUCAAAAAGCAUUUAGGAUGGUGGAUGAAAACUUUAAUGGCUUUGAUCCGUCAUUAAAAGCAGUGAACGACGAUGAGUUAGAACAACCGACUGAUAAACGAAUAUUUGUGUUAGCAGCUGCUUUAAAACAUGGUUAUUCAGUAGAUAAACUCUACAAAUUAACAAAAAUUGACCGUUGGUUUUUAUACAAAAUGCAAAAUAUCAUAGAACACCAAAUUGUAUUAGAAUCACUUAAUUACCCAUCUGUUACUUACGAACAGCUUUUAAAGGCGAAACGACUUGGUUUUUCUGACAAACAAAUUGCGUCAUUUGUACAAAGUACAGAAUUGGUGAUACGCAAACGACGUGAAGAACAGAAAAUUACACCUUUUGUAAAACAAAUAGAUACUGUGUCAGCUGAAUAUCCAGCGGAAACCAACUAUUUAUACUUAACUUAUAAUGCCAUAAGCAGUGAUUUAAACUUCCCAUCAAACUACAUCAUGGUCAUUGGGUCGGGUGUGUAUCGGAUUGGUAGUUCUGUUGAAUUUGAUUGGUGUGCUGUCGGAUGUCUUAGAGAGCUGAGAAGACUUGGUAAAAAUACAAUAAUGGUCAACUGUAAUCCUGAAACAGUUAGCACGGAUUAUGACAUGUGUGAUCGUUUAUAUUUUGAAGAAAUUUCUUUUGAGGUGGUAAUGGAUAUUUAUAAUUUGGAAAACCCCGAAGGAGUAGUUUUAUGUAUGGGAGGACAAUUGCCAAAUAAUAUUGCUAUGGAUUUACAUAGACAAAAUGCACGUAUCUUAGGAACUUCCCCAGAGAAUGUAGAUGGAGCAGAGAACCGAUUUAAGUUCUCAAGAAUGUUGGAUAGGAUUAAGAUAUCACAACCAAGGUGGAAGGAACUUACUGAUCUUAAAUCCGCUAUUGAAUUUUGUCAUGAAGUAGGAUAUCCAUGUUUAGUUCGACCAUCAUAUGUUUUAAGUGGUGCUGCUAUGAAUGUAGCUCAUAAUGAUGGUGAUUUAGAAGCAUAUUUAAAAUCGGCCAGUGACUUAUCGAAAGAACACCCUGUAGUCAUAUCUAAAUUUCUCGAAGAUGCGAAAGAAAUAGAUGUAGACGCUGUAGCUAAAGAUGGUGAAAUACUUUGUAUGGCUGUUAGUGAACAUGUUGAAAAUGCAGGUGUACAUUCAGGAGAUGCAACAUUGGUAACACCACCACAGGAUAUAAAUGAAGAAACAUUGGAAAAAAUUAAAUUUAUAUGUCGGGCUAUAGCUUCAUCACUAAAUGUCAAUGGGCCUCUAAAUAUGCAACUUAUUGCAAAGAACAAUGAAUUAAAAGUAAUUGAAUGUAAUGUACGAGUGUCUCGAUCAUUUCCGUUUGUUUCUAAAACAUUGGGACAUGAUUUUGUUGCAAUGGCUACAAGAGUGAUUAUUGGAGAAGAAGUAGAACCAAUAGAUGUAUUGGGUGGAGUAGAAGGAAGAGUUGGUGUAAAAGUAGCUGUAUUUUCGUUUUCUCGGAUAGCAGGAGCUGAUGUCAUGUUGGGAGUAGAAAUGGCAUCAACUGGGGAAGUAGCGUGUUUUGGUGAAAAUCGUUAUGAAGCCUACUUAAAAGCAAUGAUAAGCUCUGGAAUGCAUCUACCUCAACCUGGAGCUAAGAUAUUCCUAUCGAUUGGAAAAAUAAAACAUAAAGAAGAACUGCUGGAAAGUGUAAAAGCAUUGCAGGCAAUGGGUUACAAGCUGUAUGGAAGCAGUGGGACAGCUGAUUAUUAUAACUAUAAUACUAAAGGAGUUACUGUGAUUCCUUGUGAUUGGAGAUUUGAUAACAUUGGUAUAAAUACAACCAGAGGUGACCUAAUCAGUAUGGCUGAAUAUUUGAGUAACAAAAAUUUUGAUUUUGUCAUAAAUGCACCUAUGAUGGUAAGUGGAGGAAGCAGAGUUGCUUCGUUCCUUACCCCUGGUUAUCGAAUGCGCCGGUUAGCAGUUGAACAUUCUGUUCCAUUAGUGACUGAUGUCAAAUGUGCCAAACUACUUAUUGAGGCAAUGGUUCGAAAAGGAUGCAAGCCACAGAUGAAGACCCAUAUAGAUUGUAUUUCAUCACAGCGAUUAUUAAAAUUGCCCGGUUUAAUUGAUAUUCAUGUCCAUGCACGUGAACCAGGUGCAACACAAAAAGAAGACUUUGCUUCAUGUACAGCUGCAGCGUUAGCAGGUGGUAUUACAUUAAUAGGUGCUAUGCCUAAUACCAAUCCUUCAAUAAUAGAUCAAGAAUCCUAUGAAAUUGCCAAAAAGUGUGCCAAAAAUGGAGCCAGGUGCGAUUAUGUUUUAUAUGCUGGUGCAUCUUCAACUAAUAGUAUUGAUAUUGCACAAAACGCUGGUCAAUACGCUGGUUUGAAAAUGUAUCUUAACCAAACAUUCAGCACAUUACGGCUAAUGAAUCUUUCGUCGUGGAUAUCGCAUUUUGAAAAUUGGCCGAAACAUGCACCACUGUGUAUACAUGCUGAAGAUCAAACUUGUGCAGCUGUACUUAUGUUGGCUUCCUUGUACAAUCGUACAGUACAUAUUUGCCAUGUUGCUCGAAAAUCAGAGAUAACUAUUAUUAGGGCUGCUAAAGAGAAGGGUGUGAUGGUUACGUGUGAAGUAGCUCCGCAUCAUUUAUUUAUGUGCGAUGAAGACUUUGUGCAUCUUGGUCCCAACAAAUCACAAGUACGGCCUGUACUUUGUACCAAAGAGGAUCAACAAGCUCUUUGGGAUAAUAUGGCUUAUAUAGAUUGUAUUGCUACUGAUCACGCCCCUCAUACUUUGGAUGAGAAACUCAGUGAUGCCGCACCACCUGGUUUUCCAGGUCUUGAAACAGUUGUACCAUUAAUGUUAAAUGCCGUAAAUGAAGGUCGAUUAACUAUCGAGGAUAUUAUUGAAAAAAUGUACACAAAUCCCAUGCGAAUCCUUGGAUUACCGGUUCAACCAGAUACAUACAUUGAAGUAGACAUGGAUGCCGAAUGGACAAUACCAUCAUCAACAGCUUAUUCUAAAGCUAAAUGGACACCAUUUGCUGGGAAACAUGUGAAAGGCGCCAUACACAGAGUAGUAUUACGUGGUCAAGUAGUAUGUAUUGAAGGAAAAGUGUUAGCUGAACCAGGAUUUGGACACGAUUUGCGAGAUCCAUUGAUUGCUGGCAAGACACUAAAUACAGUUCAUACUGGAUCGCAGGCUUCUUUAAAUCUUAUGGCACCUCUUUCAAUACAGACUGAUGUUCAUGAAAUGUUCAAUAAUGUCUUGUCUGAAAUCAAAGAGAAGGUAGUACAAGAAAUUGAAAUUGUUACUGGUGUAAAAGCUGAGUUCAAAAAACCUCGUUUGCUGUCUGGCGGUGACUCCAGGGAUGCUACUAAUUUAUUGACCAUAAACAAAGAUAUCGUAAACUUAGCAAACAAACGUCAACAUUUAGUAUCAGACGAUGUUAUGAACUUAAUGACACCCAUUCAUACACAUGGGUUGGCACACAGUCACAUAUUAUCUGUUGAUAUGUUCACCAAAGAACAAUUAAAUGAAAUAUUUAACUUGGCUCAAACACUUAGAGUAUAUGUCCUCAAAGGACGACCUCUGGACAACAUACUUAAAGGCAUGGUUAUGGCUUUGAUAUUCUAUGAGGUCAGUACUAGAACGAGUUGUAGUUUUUCAGUAGCUAUGCAGAGAUUGGGUGGAAGAGUUGUACAUGUUGAUGAAACUAGCAGCUCAGUCAAAAAGGGAGAAACACUGCAAGACACUGUGGAAGUAAUGAGCGGUUAUGUGGACGUAGUUGUCAUGAGACACCCAGAGCCGGGUGCAGUUAGAAACGCUGCAAGACACUGCCGAAAACCUAUUCUGAAUGCCGGGGAUGGAACUGGUGAACAUCCUACACAAGCAUUACUAGAUAUAUUUACAAUAAGAGAAGAAAUUGGUACUGUAAACGGACUUACAAUUACAUUAGUUGGUGAUUUGAAGAAUGGGCGUACCGUACAUUCACUUGCCAGGUUGUUGACACUCUACAAAGUCAAUCUACAAUAUGUGAGUCCACAAAAUCUAGGUAUGCCUGCAUCUGUAAGUCAGUUUGUCGCUACCCGAGGUGUUCCACAAGAAAACUUUUCAUCCUUGGAAGCAGCACUACCCAAGACUGAUGUGUUAUACAUGACACGUAUACAACGUGAACGAUUCCCUGAUGAGAGCAGCUACAAACAAGCGUGCGGCCUUUUUGUGGUUACACCUGAAGUGAUGAACAAAGCCAAACGCAAGAUGAUAGUCAUGCAUCCACUACCCAGGGUAUUCGAAAUCAGUCCAGAGUUCGAUUCAGAUCCAAGAGCUGCAUACUUUAGGCAAGCAGAGUAUGGUAUGUACGUGAGAAUGGCUCUGUUGGCUAUGGUACUUGGAAAAUGUUAAAUUUACUAUACACAUAGCAUAAAAUGAAAAAAAAAUUAUCAAAUUCUAUAUUGGGUAUGAUCUUCAGUAAUUAUUGUGAUAAGUUAUUAUUAAUUUUUUUUAAACACGUUUUUAAUUAUAUAAAUUUUUUAUAGACUAUCCUAAACGUUCUACAAUUUUAUACAGACUAUUAUUAUUGACAAAUAAAUUACAUAAGUACCUAUGUAUGGUAAAAACAUCCAAAUACAGACAACUUUAUAAUUAUUAAUGUUUAUGUUAACGUUAAAAUAAAUGUAUUUUGAAAGUCUGUGUGCUCAAGUGAAUUUAUCCUAAGAAUUAUGUUUAUGGAUUUCCAAAAUGUAAGUUAAUUUCAAGAUUAAUUGCAUUAGUAUAAUAAACAAUAUGUAUUAUUAUAUAUUUCAUAAUGUUCUAUAAUGUAAAAAUAUAUGUGAUAAUAAUAUGUAAUGUCUUUUGAAAGUAUCCACACAUAAUAGACCUAUAAAGUGUCUGAUAAAAUCAUGACUGUCGAACAGAAAAAAAGAAAUGUAAAAUCUUUCAUUUUUAUUCGACUCGAGACAAAACAAUGACAUUCAUAAUUUGUUUUUUAUACAUAACAAAAAAAAAAAAUAAUAAUAAUAAUAAUUCAACAAAUAAUACACAACAGAUAAACAACUAAUUUUUUUUUUGUAUUCUAAAUAUAUUAUUAAAAAUAUAAUAUUGCAUUUUCAUUUAUAUACACGAAAGUUCAUCAAAAAUAGAAUAAAACACAUUUCUAUAGAGCGCGGUACGUGCCUACAAAAACACAAAAUUUGCAUCUAACCUAAUAUUAAUAAUCGUAUAUUUUUUUAUUGAACUGUUCUACAUGCGUGCCUACCUAUACCUCUACCUAUAAUAAUAAUUAAUAAUAAACGUUUAAUAUAACAACAAUGUAUUAUAUUAUAAAAUAUUUAGUGUCAAGCGCAGCGGCCACGACGGCGUCGUCCGGGUUAACAAGAACUGAUCGAUUUGUCAUCAUUAUUAUUAUUAUUUGUAUCGUGUUAUGAAAACAAAAAUAAUUACUGCAAGUGAACAAACUGGUGGGACAAGGGUUGCGUAUGUCGGUAAGUUGCAUUGAUUCCAAUGUAUAAAUGUAUAAUAUGUUGUGGCGGUGUGCGCGUUAUAGGUAUUAUAUUUUAUAAAGUACCGAGGGAUAAAAAAAUAUAAAAAGCAUCCGAAAAGAACAAACGUACCUAAUAUUAUAAUAAUGUAAGUCCUUUGCAGCAGUCUGAUUAUUUUUCAAGCACCUAUAAACCUAAACCACUGCCCGUGUAUAUAUAGGUACGUUCACAUUUUUAUAACGAUAUAAAUUAUUAUAAUAAUACAUUGUACACGAUGACAAAUAUAGUAAUAAUAAUAAUAUACGUAACGCUAAAGAUUUAUUACAUUAUAAUAUAUUUUAAUAAGUUCAAUCAAAGUUUUGUACUUCGUCUACUAAACCAAAACAGUCUAAACGCGUCAAAAACAAAAUAGAAAUACUUAAACAUUUUUUUUUUUUUUUUAUUCUACAAUUAUAAUAUUAUCUUACCUAACACACACAACCGACGAGAAAUUAUUAUGAUGUGAUCUAUAUUAUUAUUAUA